AUGGUCUUUGACCCCUUUUCUGCUGCAUGUGAUGCCACACAGCUGGGCGGCACCACCAGGCUCCAGGUUCCAGAUCCAAGUCCAGGUGCAGGUUCCAGAAACGGCACUAAGCGCAGCAAGCGAGGGGCGGGCAGAAAGGAAGGGAAGGACAUCGCGGACGGGUAUUGGACGUUGGACAGCCCGUUCCUGUCAGACUACGGGUACGGGCUGGACCGAGUUAGCGAGGGCACGAUGCACGAAAGCACGGAGGCUCUUUGGGAGAGGAUCGCGGACGAGUACCUUUGGAGCAAAGUGGCAAAGUCCCGCGUACUCGGCGCCCGCCCCGUUUGGGAUAACCGCCUGCAUAAGCUUCUCCUCUUCAGACGCAAUGCCCCAGAGAGUUUCGAGAUGCGAUCGUCGUCGGAAGCUUACUCUCCAAAGGUCUCCUCAUAA